AUGUACCAAAGUCGAUUGAGUUGGUUUAAGCAACAAUAUCACAAAUACUCUGAGCUUAUGCGAUACAACUCUAGUUUUGGAUGGGAUUCAAUCACAAAAAAGUUCACCGCUAGUGAUGAAGUGUGGGAUAAUUACUUCAAGAGGCACCUUCGUACCGACACCUUUCCUGACUAUGAAGACUUAAGAAUAGCAAUUGGCAAUGCUACUGCUACAGGGAGAAACUCAAUUAGUUUGGGCAAUGAAUCAGAUGCAAGAAUAUAUGGUGUCGUAGAAACCAAGCAUGUUACAAUAGAUGACUGUGUUCGAUGA